AUGUCUACUGUUCAUGAAGAACGCCUCAAGUACCCGUUGAUUCGCAAGAAUGGCGAUUUACAGCGCGCCUCAUGGGAUGAAGCCAUGUUUUUUAUCGUCAAAAAGACGAAGGAUCUACAGAAGCGAUUGAUGAACCAUGGUAUCAGCUUUUACGCUUCUGGACAGCUUUUUCUAGAGGAGUACUACGUGCUUGCGAGGGUUGGUAAGGCUGGCUUGAACACUUUGCAUAUGAAUGGGAACACUCGUCUUUGUAUAGCAAGUGCUGCAGCUUCCAUGCGGGAGUCAUUCGGCUUCGACGGUCAACCUGGGUCAUAUACUGACAUUGACAUUACUGAUUGUCUGUCCAUAGUCGGGCACCAUUCCUCGGCAACACAGGCUGUUCUAUGGUCGAGGAUAUUGAACACGUUGGAAGCUCCUGAUCUUCCAAAACAUCGGUGUAGUUCCUCGAUUGUCCAAAAACCGCGAAGCGGACGACUGUUCGUUUGGCCCCCUAAAAAUUGA